UCCCUCUAGGAUAUGGCUCCUCUGAGCCAACUGAGUGGCCACAUCAACUCCACAUGUGAGGCAGAGAACUCCACAGCCCCGAGCCGUGCCCGCCCUCAUGCCUACUAUGCUCUCUUCUACUGCACUCUCAUCUUGGCCAUCAUCUUUGGCAAUGGUCUGGUGUGCGUGGCUGUACUGAAAGAACGGGCCCUGCAGACCACCACCAACUACCUGGUGGUAAGCCUGGCCGUGGCAGACCUACUAGUGGCUACCUUGGUGAUGCCCUGGGUAGUGUACCUGGAGGUAACAGGUGGAGUCUGGAACUUCAGCCGUGUUUGCUGUGAUGUUUUUGUCACUCUGGAUGUCAUGAUGUGUACUGCUAGUAUCCUGAACCUCUGUGCCAUCAGCAUUGACAGGUACACAGCAGUAGUCAUGCCAGUUCACUACCAACAUGGCACAGGACAGAGCUCCUGUCGUCGCGUGGCCUUCAUGAUUACAGCUGUCUGGGUACUGGCCUUUGCCGUGUCCUGUCCUCUCCUCUUUGGCUUCAAUACCACAGGGGACCCCAGUGUCUGCUCCAUCUCCAACCCUGACUUCGUCAUCUAUUCUUCAGUAGUGUCCUUCUACUUGCCCUUUGGAGUUACUGUCCUCGUCUACGCCAGAAUCUAUGUGGUGUUGAGACAGAGAAGACGAAAACGGAUCCUCACUAGGCAGAACAGUCAAUGCAUCAGUGUCCGGCCUGGUUUUCCUCAACAAUCUUCCUGUCUGAGACUACAUCCUAUUCGCCAGUUUUCAAUCAGAGCCAGAUUCUCAUCAGAUGACACAGGAAAAAUGGAACACUCUGAAGAUAAGCAAUAUCCCCAAAAAUGCCAGGAUCCUCUCCUGUCACAGCUUCAGCCUCUCUCCCCUAGCCGGGCACACAUGGAGCUAAAGCGCUACUACAGCAUCUGUCAAGAUUCGGCCCUGAGGCGACCAGGCUUCCAAGAUGGGGAAGGAGAAUUGCAAAAAGAAGAGAGGACUCGUAACUCCCUCAGCCCUACCUUGGCUCCCAAACUCAGUUUAGAGGUUCGGAAACUCAGUAACGGCAGAAUGUCUACGUCCCUGAAGCUGGGCCCCCUGCAACCUCGGGCAGUACCUCUACGGGAGAAGAAGGCAACCCAGAUGUUAGUCAUUGUGCUUGGGACCUUCAUUGUCUGUUGGCUGCCAUUCUUCUUGACCCACGUUCUCAAUACCCACUGCCAAGCAUGUCAUGUGUCUCCACAACUUUACAGUGCCACAACAUGGCUGGGCUACAUGAACAGUGCCCUCAAUCCAGUGAUCUACACCACCUUCAAUGUCGAGUUCCGCAAAGCCUUCCUCAAGAUCCUGUCUUGUUGAAAGAGGAAAGGAAGAACUACUUUCUGUGUCCACCUCUAGUCACCAGGUUGUUGGGCAGCUGGCCACAACCUGCUCAGACAGACUGUGCAUAGCCCUUCCUUCUACUAGGAAGAAGAUUCUUACAGCUAAGGCAUACUUGAGUGGCAUGCAUAACCCAACUGUCCUCCAAAAUAGAAUGUUCUACCUCCCCUGCUAAAAUCUGACUUCAUUCUUCAUUCUGACAGACUUUAAGUGAUAAGCAAUAAUUCAAAAGGAAG